AUGGGUGCUGGCCGAAAGACCACGACGUAUCAGUAUGACACGGCAAACCAGAAGGGAGAUUCGUCGCGCCAGCGCGUGCAGUUCCGCCUGUUGCCGCGGGAGCAGCUGGGGGGUUGCGUGUUCGGAUGCACCAAGGAGACUUUCUCGGAAUGUAUCAGAAAAGAGCUAUUUGGCCUGCCCUACAACCACAUGGAGUACGUUCAGAACAUCAAACCCGGCUUGCCUCUCUUCCUCUUUAACUACUCGGACCGCCGCUUACACGGGAUCUUUGAGGCGGUCAGCCAUGGCGAUUUGGAAAUCGACCCACAUGGCUGGACGGGCAAGAAUGGCGGCGAGACACGCUUCCCCGCCCAGGUGAAGGUUCGUCUGCGCCACAAGUUUUCCCCUCUCCCUGAGAGCACCUACGGCCCGACCCUAUCAGCCAACUACUACUCCCCCACACACUUCUUCUUCGAAUUGGACCACCAGCAAACCCAGAAGCUCCUCGCUCUCUACUGCAAGCACACCCCUGCCGCUGGCCCCUCCCGCCCUAGCACGUCUUUUACUUCGUCUCAGAAACCCACUCACUCAGCCGUCUUCCUUCCGCUCCCUUCCCCCUCUUUUUCCUCCCUUUCAGGUGAAGGUUCGUCUGCGCCACAGGUGCUCCCCUCUCCCCGAGACCGCCUACGGCCCAGCCCUCAACUACUACUCCCCCACGCACUUCUUUUUCGAAUUGGAACACCAGCAGACCCAGAAGCUCCUCGCUCUCUACUGCAAGCACUCCCCUGCCGCUGGCCCAUCCCGCCCCAGCCCAUCUUUUGA